UCUGCCGUCUACAGCUGUGAUUAAUGACAUAGUCAGUUCAAGAAGCCAUUGUAUAUAUACUCAUCCAGUGGGGAUCUUCAGUACUUAUUUUUGGACCUUUAGUCUCCAGUGGUAACAUUCCCCUAGAGUGAAACUUGGGGCAAUGGCAUCAAAGAAAUCAGUAACAUGCAGUGGGAGGAAGCCCCUCAGCAACUUUGAAGUUUGGCUUAUUGCUCUACUUAUAAUGUUCAUAUGCAUUUGUAUUGGGCUUAUGGUUUUUGCAUGGAUUGCAGUCAACGACCUUCAAAAAUAUAAUGCCAUAUGUACACCAGGAAAUGAGAGCACACCGAAUGGAACUUUCACCAUACUGUCUGGAGCAGAAUUUACACCGAGCUUGCAAAAUCAAAGUUCAGUGAACUUCAAAAUGCUUGCCUUUGAUGUCCAACAACUGAUCUACAAGAUCUUUCAAGCUGGUCAGCUGAAAAAUGUAUAUAAAUCGUCUAACAUUUUGGAGUUUAGAAAUGGAAGCGUGGUCGUUCUUUUUAAUCUUCACUUCACACAAAUCAUAUCAAAUGAAAACAUACAUAAGGAACUGGUUUUGGGGAUUGAGGCAAAUAAUGCUGACCACAAUAAGGAUUUUUUUGUAGACAAAACUACUGUGGUGAUAACAGAUACCCAAGGAAUUACAACAACAAGUCCAUCUACAACUCUAAGCGAGGUUACAACACCAAAGCAAAAUACAACUCUAGGACAGUGCCCUCCUGGUCAAAGCAUUUGUGCAGAUUCUUCAUUUUGCAUACAAGAAACCCUGUUUUGUGAUGGACUUCCUGAUUGUCUAAACGGCUCAGAUGAAUAUGAAGAGUUUUGCAAAACACCAUGUGAUGGACAGUUUUUAUUAUCAGAAGCUUCUGGAACAUUUCAUUCAAAAAAUUACCCACAGUUAUAUGAACCAAACCUUUCCUGUCGAUGGAUUAUAAGUGUUAAAGAUGGAUACAGCAUUAAAUUUGACUUCCCAUCAUUUGAUACUGAAGAAUCUUCUGAUGUAUUAGAUAUUUAUGAAGGAAUUGGACCAACUAAGAUUUUAAGAGCAUCACUGUGGGGAACAAAUCCUGGGACUGUGCAAAUAUUUUCCAAUCAAGCAACAGCUGAGUUUAUAACGGAUUACAGUAAUAAUUACAAUGGAUUUAAAGCAGUAUAUACUACAUUUCUGAGUAGCAAUGUAACAAAUGAAGAAAAAAUCAACUGUAAUUUUGAAGAUGGGUAUUGUUACUGGUUUCAAGAAAUACAGGAUUAUGAAAGUUGGGAACGGAUAAGUGGCCCGACGUAUCCCUCUACAUCUGGACCUAAUGUAGACCAUACAUUUGGAAAUUCUUCUGGUUAUUAUUUAACGCCAUGGAUUCAGGUGAUACCAGGGAUAUUAAAAAGUGUUCGCCUUCAAAGUCUUCCAUUGAAAGGGCAUUCAGGACCAAUGUGCCUGAGCUUUUGGUAUCACAUGUAUGGAGUGAACGUGUACCGUUUAAAUGUCCUUGCAAUUUUUGCCAAUAACACAGAAGCCAUCAUUUUUCAAAAGGAAGGAAAUUAUGGGCCAAGUUGGAAUUAUGGGCAAGUGACACUUUAUGAAACAUCUGGGACAGGGGUUGCAUUUGAAGCUAUUCAAAACCAGCGUUUCGGUGACAUAGCAAUAGAUGACAUUGGCCUGUUUCCCGGAAGCUGUAAUGAAAGUGGUUUUCCUGAACCAACACGCGUUCCUACCGUUCCAACUACUGCUCUCCUGCCGUCUGAUUGCGGGGGACCUACUGAACUAUGGGAGCCUAAUGUUACAUUUCAUUCUAUGAACUACCCACAAAAUUACCCAAAUCUGGCUUCAUGUGUUUGGUACUUGAAUGCGGCACCAGGGAAAAAUAUCCAGCUUCACUUUCAAGUUUUUAACCUGGAAAAUAUAUAUGAUACUGUAGAGAUUAGAGACGGCAGAGGACCUAAUUCAUUGUUGCUGGCUGUUUAUACUGGAAGUGGUCCAGUACAAGACGUCUUCUCCACAACUAAUGCAAUGACUGUCUACUUCACAAGUGACUCCUCUGGAACAGGGAAAGGAUUCCUUGCAAACUAUACCACAGGCUACCGUCUUGGCAUACCAGAACCAUGCAAUUCAACAUCUUUUCAAUGUGGCAGCGGAGAAUGCAUACCAAAUACCUCUGUUUGUGAUAAACACAGCAAUUGUAAUGAUGGCUCAGAUGAAAGACAUUGUGUGCGUCUCUUCAAUAGCAGCACCAGUGGGUUGGUUCAAUUCAAGGUGCAAAGUGAAUGGCAUACAGCAUGUGCAGACCACUGGAAAGUGGACAUUUCUAAUGACAUAUGCCAUCGGUUAGGACUAGGAAAUGUAAACCUCACCUCAACUGUAUUGUCAGAAGGAAAGGGACCAUUUGUUACAUUAAUUCAAGUGGAGGAUGGCAGCCUCAGCCUUCUACCAAGUGACCAGUGCACCAAUCAGUCUGUUAUUCACAUUCAGUGUCAACAACAAGAAUGUGGAAAACCCAUUGUGCCAGUCAAAAGUGGUUCUAAGAUUGUUGGAGGAAGUGAUGCGCCAUUAGGGGCAUGGCCAUGGGUUGUCUCUCUAUAUUAUAAUGACAGACAAACAUGUGGUGCUUCCCUAGUAAGCCAAGAAUGGCUUGUAUCAGCAGCUCAUUGUGUCUAUGGGAGGAACUUAAUACCAUCCAAUUGGAAAGCAAGACUAGGUCUACACACCAAUCUAAAUCUGACCCAGCCACAAAUAGUAACUCAGAUGAUUGAUCGGAUUGUCAUAAAUCCACAAUAUAAUAGGCGCACAAAAGACAGUGAUAUAGUAAUGAUGCAUCUACAAUUCAAAGUGAAUUAUUCAGAUUACAUUCAGCCUAUAUGUUUGCCAGAAACUAACCAAGAAUUCACUGGAGGAAUAAAUUGCUCAAUAGCUGGAUGGGGCAGAACAGAAAGUGGAGGUCCUAUUCCAAAUAUAUUGCAAGAAGCAGAGAUUCCACUUAUCUCAAAUCAUAAAUGUCAACAACAAAUGCCAGAAUACAAUAUUACAGAUAAUAUGGUCUGUGGAGGCUAUGAACAAGGAGGAAUAGACACUUGCCAGGGAGAUUCUGGAGGUCCAAUGAUGUGUAAACAGAAUAAUGAAUGGUUCUUGGUUGGAGUAACUUCAUUCGGAUUCGGAUGUGCACAGCCCAGUCGGCCUGGAGUUUAUGCUCGAGUCACUCAAUUCACCAACUGGAUAAAGAACUUUAUAAUUUAGCAAAAAAUCUAAACGGAUUCAACAGAAGAUGUCCAUCAUAAUGUUAAAUGCUUCUUAAAAAUGGCUUUGUUUAAUUGCAUGAAAUUCCAAAUGGGUGAUGUCAGCAGCCAAUAGAAUCAUGUGUUUUUGGAAGACCUAACUAAUACUUUGUACUGUAGUACCACAAUGAUCGGUAGUAUCACAAUCACAGUGAUCAACAUAUGAUCAACAUAUGAUCAACAUAUGACCAACAUACUGUAUAAACUACUGUUGUAAUUGAGGUAGAUAUUACUUGCUUGAACCAUGACUAAAUAUUCUUCUCUUCUUAAAGGGGAUAUGUCACCUUAAAAAAUAAAUACAAAUCCUAUUUUAUCAUGUUAGUCAAGGAAAAUAUACUUUGCUUACACUGUAUAAAUUAGUUAAAUCUUGUUUCCUUCAGCCUGGUAAUUCAUAAUUAUAGCAAGCAGGCAGCUGCCAUUUUGUGAUAUUAAUGCAAGCCUUGCAUCAUCUCAAAAUCUUAUUUCUGUGCCAGAAUGGGGUACCUGAUUGCAAUCCCCAAGCACAGGCUACAUAAUUAGAUGGUAAGGAGGGAGGGGAAUGUAGGGAGUGCACUGACAUCCAGGAAGUGCUGAUUGGAAAGUGAAAGUAGUUUCCUGCCCCGCCUCUAUGCCUAAGGUGUAGAGGAGGGGCAGGCAAUAUAAGA